AUGGCUAACUGGCUUGUUUUUCUUCAGAUUCUUUCAGUGAUUUGUCUCAGUUAUCUCAUUUCAGGAUGUGUAGCUGCAUGUAAAUACCAACAAGGACAAUAUCAAUUACAAUUCGCAAGGGAUCAACAACAUGUCCAUCUUCAACUUACAUAUCUUCAGUAUCCAGCAGGAACUAAUACUUGGACUGGCGUUGCUUUUGGACAGUCUAUGAACGAUGGUCUUGAUUUCAUUAGCGUACGUGUACUGGACAACAAGGUAUUAGUAAGUGACGAAUUUGUCCAAGGCUUUAGACAACCGAAACUGGAUGAUAGACAGAAUAUAAUUGUUCAGUACGCUUCACUACAUAAUGGCAAUUUGCGAGUACGACUUGCUAGACCAAUAAUCUCAAAUGAUACUGCUGACUUCUCGCUGGCUAACUGUUUACCUUGGCAGUUCCCAAUUGCGUUAUCGCCACUCGAUCCUACUGGGCAAAUUCGUAAGCACCAAAUCACUCCUCAUGAAAUGGUUGUGUGCAUAAAUCGUUGUCCGUGCGGGUCCACCUCUACCCCGAACGAAUGCCAGUUGUAA